UUGAAGGUCCACAGGCCUCCAUAGCAACACUAAACAUCCUUUGCCUUUGCUGCCGUUAGAGAGAGUUGUGUUAGGGAGUACUCAUGCCUCAGAAAGAAAAAACUCCUAGGAUGAGUUCUUCCACCUCAUCCUCCAAAGUCACAGAGGUAGAAGACACAUUAAAAAAUCUGGAUGAUGAUGAUGAUGAUGACGAUGAUCUGGAGUGUAAAGAGCUAGAAGGGUUGAAGGAAGCCCUGGAGAACCUCCGUGGUUUGUCCAGUGAGGAAAAAAAUGAAAAAGCUAUGUUACGCUCCCGCCUCCAGGAGCAGUCUCAGCUCAUCUGCAUCCUGAAACGCAGGGCCGACGAGAACCUGGAGCGCUGUCGAGUCCUGGAGCAGCUCAACACGGAGCUGGAGGAGAAGAGGAUGAAUGAUGCUGAGAGGCUGGAGGCCCAGACCCAGCGAACGAUGAAGCUGGAGUCGCGGUUCAUGGACCUGGCCGCCAACCACGAAGAGAUGAUCCGCUUCAAGGAUGAACACAAGAGGCAGAAUGUGAAGCUGAGAGAAGAGAACGAGAUCUUGAGAAAGGAGAACAGGGAACAUUUCAGUCAGGCCUUGAAAGACCAGGAGGCCAAAGUUAGUCUGCUCACAGCCCAGGAGGAAAAGUUGUCCAAAGAGCUGGAGGCCCUGAAGGGAAUAUGUGCUGAAGAUAGGAGUCGCUCCAAGGCCAGAGAGCGGGAGCUGCUGGACCUACAGAGCCAGCAAGCCAGCUCCCACGCCAAGGAGACCAGCUCCCUCCAAAGCAAGCUCCAGGCUCUGGAGGAGCUGCACCACAAAACCCUGGCCAAGAUGGCCAAGGCCGAGGAGAAGCAGAAGGGCUUGAGUUCGGAGCUGAGCAGCCGGCUGGAAAAAGUGACCAAGGAGAAAGAGGAGCUGCUUCAGUUGUCCAUGGAGAGGGGCAGAGUGCUUCAGAACAAACAGCUGGAGAUCCAGCAGCUGGAGGAGAAGCUGGAGAUGGCCGAGACGGCCCGCAAGAACGCACUGGAUCGAUUUGAGCAAGAAGCUGCCACCGUGAAUAGCAGCCUGAGAGUUCAAGAACUGAGCCGAAAGAUGGAAGGGAUCCAGAAGGCCUACGAUGAGCUUUGGUUGCAGUCAGAAGCCUUCAAAAAGCACAGUCUGGAUCUUUUGACCAAGGAGAGGGAACUCAACGCCAAACUCCGACAUCUCUUUCCAUAAAGCAGGCCUUGCUUCCGCUGGCCCCACCUCAACUGAAAGGUGUUUUCCUCCUUUACUGGAACAGUAACCAGCUUUCCUUUUAUUAUAUUUCUAUUACAAAAAGAAAAGCCUUGAGAUCCACUUUAUUGUCACUACUCUCCUCGUUCCAUCAAUUUUUGGUUCAACUACCUAGAAUACACAGUUUUGUCAGAUGUCAUUUAUUUGCAUCUGAAAUCCAAACCUCUUCAGAGAUCCUUCCCUCUCCUCAAUUUGUGUCUGGAUCUUUAUAGCUCCUGGAAAUUUAAUUUUCAGUCUUUGAGAUAUCUGUAACAGGUGAACUUUCACCUGGUUAUAGUUUUGAGAGAUGUAAAAUUAUUCUUCAUUUUCAAUGAGAUUUUCUGUUCCAAAUAUGAAAAUACCUUUAAUAUGUAUGGAGGGAGGUUUUGCUGGCUGUAUGUCUAGUCUAUUUUUCUUGGGUCAUAUUACAUCUGGUGUGAUGCUGUGUCAUUAAUGCCUGUGGGAGAGAGCAAAUGUUGUUAAGUUUUUCUUAAAGUAGGUAGAUCUUAGCAUGGUCAAUUUGUACAAGAAUUAUAAUUCACCUAUAUAAAAUAGAUCUAUUUCUCAGUUAGUUUAUAAUUCAGUUCUUAAUUGAUUUUUUUCCUUAAUAGAGUAUUCAAAUGGGUAAAGUGCAAAAAGCUUCAAAUUAGCUUAAUAUUGCCAAUACAAUAGGCUAAUGGGAGAAGACAAAUCCAAUAAGUGAAGUACCAGGAAAUGCAAAUUUCUAUAUUAUGGUUGUUCUGGCAGACUUCUUUUGUAAGAUCAUAAGUUUUGUUACUGUUGACUAUACAGGGCAUAUUAUACAUGGGACCUUUUCAUUUCUGUCAGUAUACUUUCUUACAUUAAAAUGUUUAGUCAUUAAAUAUAUAUAUAUUCUUAUGUAUUUAAAAUACUAUACUUUGGAAAUAUCUGGAUAAGCACAGAGGUAUAAAUAAAUAGUAUUAUACAUCUUGGAAAUUU